AUGCAAGCACUAGGUAAUCUAGUUCAAAACGAAAUGGGAUUGAUCGACAUCGAAGUCGAACCAUCCUACAAGGCUCGUUCGGAUGGAUCCAAGAUGAAGGCGCUUGCGUGGUUUGGAGCUCGUGAUGUGCGGAUGGUUCAAGUACCUGUACCAGACAUUACUCAACCUUCCGUGGGUAUCAUUAAUCGAGUUGGCGAGAACGUCGAGAAUCUAAAGCCCGGUCAGCGCGUUGUAGCAUCGUUCCAGAUUGCGUGCGGCCAGUGCGGGUACUGCAAGCAUAAAUUGAGUAGUAUGUGUGAUAAGGCCAAUAAUAGCUCGCUUCAGAAUGCAGUAUACGGAACACGUGACGGUGGAUUCUUUGGCUAUUCUCACUUUACCGGUGGAUUCCCGGGAGGACAAGCUGAGUAUGUCAAGGACCCAUUCGGCAAUGUUAACCUCCUCCCAAUGCCGGAUGACGUUCCCGAUGAAAAAGCUCUGUAUCUAUCAGAUGUAGUUCCAACUGCUUAUCAUUGCGUUGUUGAUACGGGCGUCCAAGAAGGAGAUAUAGUCGCUAUUUGGGGCUUGGGACCCAUCGGUCAAUACGCCGCUCGCUGGUGCCAAAUCAAAGGUGCUAAGCGUGUUAUUGGAAUCGAUUCACAUCCCGGCCGGCUGGCGUUUGCGGCCGCUCAGAAGGCACUUAUGCUUGAGACUGAUGUCUCAGAAACACCCAAUGAAAUGAUCAAGUCUGUUCGAAAGAUGGGCCGAUGCGGUGUGAUUGCAGAUUAUGUUGGCUUCACAAAUCAAUUCAAUAUCGGAGCUAUGAUGGAAAAGGGAAUCAGAUUUAUUGGAAACGGGCAAUUACUGGAAGGAGAUAUUGGAUUAGUACAUUAUUCCGGGGAAAUUCGAUCCGACAUUGUUCCAAUCGAAGAUAUGGCUAAGCUAUAUGCGGCAUUUGACAAGCGCAUUGAUGGAGUGGAGAAAGUCUUUGUGGAAACCAAGUUCUCCAACCCGCCGUCCAAGGGAUGCCCGGCCACGUCCAGGGUAGACGAAUGGGAAAGUAACAAGCACUAA